CCUUCCCGCGGCGGCGUAUGCGCCUUGCGGAGCGUGUGACCCACGCGGGCGGCAGGUAGCGGGCAGCAUGGACCGGGCGGGGGGCGCGGCGGGGCCGGGGCAGGACCCGGUGCGCAGCUUCGAGCGCUGGAAGAAGAAGUACGGCAAGCGCCAGGCCCGGCUGCAGCUGCAGCGCAAGCAACGCAAGCGGCCGGAGUGGCAGCAGGAGCGGGAGGGCAUCGCCCGGCUGCAGCAGCGCUACGCCCAGAUAAAUGCAAAUGAAGUUGAGAGAUUUUCAGAUUUUCCAUUGUCAAAGAAAACUCUGAAAGGUUUACAGGAAUCACAGUAUCGUAUGGUAACUGAGAUACAGAGGCAGACCAUAGGCUUGGCUUUACAAGGGAGAGAUGUACUUGGUGCUGCAAAGACAGGAUCGGGCAAAACUUUGGCUUUUAUUAUUCCAGCUUUGGAAAACUUAUAUCGUCAACAGUGGACUGCAACAGAUGGAUUGGGAAUUCUGAUAAUAUCUCCUACCAGAGAACUAGCCUACCAGACAUUUGAAGUUCUGCGGAAGGUGGGGAAGAAUCAUGACUUUUCAGCAGGACUUAUAAUUGGUGGAAAGGAUCUGAAACAAGAGUCCAACAGAAUUCAUCAAAUAAAUAUACUUAUUUGCACUCCGGGACGGCUUCUACAGCAUAUGGAUGAAACUUCAUAUUUCUAUGCAUCUAAUCUCCAGAUGUUAAUUCUUGAUGAAGCUGAUAGAAUUUUGGACAUGGGUUUUGCUGAUACUAUGAAUGCAAUCAUAGAAAAUCUUCCAAAGAAACGUCAGACGUUGCUUUUUUCUGCAACACAAACCAAGUCAGUGAAGGAUCUUGCACGGCUGAGUUUGAAAGAUCCAGAAUAUGUUUGGGUUCAUGAGAAAGCAAAGUUCAGUACCCCAGGGACUUUGGACCAGAAUUAUGUUGUUUGUUUGCUGCCACAAAAGAUAAACAUGUUGUACUCCUUCCUGAGAAGUCACUUAAAUAAGAAGAGCAUUGUGUUUUUUGCAAGUUGUAAGGAGGUACAGUAUUUGUUCAGAGUGUUCUGUAGGCUGCGUCCUGGUGUUCCUAUACUGGCUCUCCAUGGCAAACAGCAACAAAUGAAAAGAAUGGAAGUCUACAAUGACUUUGUUCGCAAGAAAUCAGCAGUUCUUUUUGCUACGGAUAUUGCAGCUCGUGGGCUAGAUUUUCCUGCAGUGAAUUGGGUCAUUCAGUUUGAUUGUCCAGAGGAUGCAAAUACAUAUAUCCACAGAGUGGGAAGAACAGCCAGGUACAAAGAAGGUGGUGAAGCUUUGUUAAUACUGCUUCCCUCAGAAGAAAAAGGCAUGGUUCAACAACUGUCACAAAGAAGAGUGCCUAUAAAUGAGACAAAGAUCAACCCUGAAAAACUUGUAGAUGUCCAAAAGAAGGUGCAGGCAUUUUUAGCUCAAGACCAAGAGUUAAAAGAGAGGGCUCAAAGGUGUUUUGUAUCCUACUUGCGUUCAAUCUACCUAAUGAAGAACAAAGAAAUAUUUGAUGUUUUCAUGUUGCCUCUAGCAGAAUAUGCACUCUCUCUUGGCCUUGCAGUUGCACCUCGUGUACGGUUUCUUCAAAAAGCUCAGAAGCAACUGUCUGUAAAUGAGUCAACUGAAGGAAAUGCCCCCCUAAAAGAGACAGUGAAAUGUGAAGAUGCCAGCUCUUUCACAAGCAAUGAAGAGGUGGACAGCUUCAGAGCUUAUUUUAGUAAAAGGAUGUCUAUUGUCCAAACAACAGAAGGGGAGGAAAGAAAAGAAGAAACAGAGAAGAAAACCAUCCCCAGUAAAGUCAUUGACAAAGAGGUUGAUGUGUCUGAGGUAUCGGAGGAACAGUCAGAAGGGGAGGAAGACAUUCCUGUGAUAAGCAGGGUUCCAAAAGCAGAAUCUAUGCAGUUCUUUGAGGAGGAUGAUGGCGAUGAUGAUAUUCGAGAUCUUGAUUUGCUGACAGUGAAACGACGGAACAUUUUUGGUUCAGAAGCUAAUGAUAGUUCAGCUUUGACUACAUCAGAUUCAAAGUUGAAGAAAAAAGCAACUAAAACCAAAGAAGCCAAAAAAAUUUUGAAGAGGAAAUUUAAAGUCAAUACAAAAAUAGUCUUUACCGAAGAUGGGGAGUUAGUUCAGCAGUGGCCACCUGUACAAAAAUCCAGCAUGGACAGAACAGAUGAAGCUGAUGAUUCUGGUGGCAUUGACCUUGAUAAAGCAAAAGAGAGACUACAGGAAGAGGACAAAUUUGACAAAGAAGAAUAUAGGAAGAAAAUUAAAGAAAAACAUAGGGAAAAAAGGCUAAAAGAAAAGGCCGCCAGAAGAGAAGCCAGAGGAGAAAACAAGAAGGUUGAAGAAGUCAUGGCUUUUCUGGAUCACAGUGAAAGUGAAGAAGAAUUUGAUCCAAGUUCCCUUCCAGAUCCUGAUAAAUGCAGGGACUCAGAUCAAGAAGAAGAUUGUGAUAUUAAAGACAGCUCUGGUGGUCCUGGAGAGAGAAAUGGAAGAAGAAAAAGAAGCAGCAAAGUAGCAGCAGAAGAAAUGCCAGUGAAAAGAAAAAAGGCUAGACUUAACCAUGAGGACUCUUUUGUGCCAUUAGAUACUGGCCUUUCUUUGGCAGAGGAUGAAGAGUUGGUACUACAUCUGCUCAACAGUCAUAGCUAAUUAUUUCCAAGUGUUCCCCCCCUUCCCCUGGUCAUCUUCACUCUUAUGUCAACUGUCUGCACAAAAAUCAAUAUGGUAUCAGGGCAGAUGGGUACCAGCAGACACUGAUAAAUGAGUUCUGUGCACAAGAGACCUGCCUCAGAUCAGCUAGUAGAUUAUAUACAAGGCUUUCUUCUUUAUGGAGUAUAUACAGAGUGCUUGGUUUUGGGAUUAUGAAGAUUUCUAAGGCUACUUUCCAAUCUACAUCCCUUGAUGACAUUUUGUAAAAGCACAUUUAUAAUUGCAAAAUCUUCAGGUUUUGAAGGAAUUAAUUACCUUGUAAUUUUUAUCUUGCUUAAAUACAAAUAGCUUAGUGUACUCCAGAAUGAACCUUUCUUGACUUUGGCAGGUUUGUUAUCUCAAAAAUUAAAGAAAGCAGACUAGCGUUAUUAAAGAAGAUUAUUUUUGAAAGCUCAGAUAGUGACCAAUAAAUCAAAAUACAAAAUAAAAUGCAAAUGUUUUUUCUUUGUAUAAUAGCACAUUUAUUUAAAAUCUUUUAAUAAAGCUCUGGAAGUUUGGAAUAAACUAAUUUGUAUCUUUUGA